AGGAUUGUCGAUAGCCAAACAUUUAUCAAGUGGGGAUUACGUUGCAAGCAUUUCUUCUGUUGCGGGGUUAACAAUUAAUUUAACAAGUAGCAAUUUCAAUCCUGUAGUCCUUAAACUCUUUCUAUGGUAAAAACACUUAUUCAAACCCUUAGUAAUGUUUCUUAAAAUAGAAAGCUUUUAUUCAUAAACAUGUAAGGAUGUAUGUAUAUGCAGCCUAGGAGCUUUGAUCGUAUGAAGCUACAUCACUCUCCCUUUGUACGCCCUGGUGAGUCAGGUAAUUUGUUAACCACGUGUUCGAUAUUUUAGCCAUGUUACUCUUGAAUGUUGAAACGAUGAAAUGAUAAAAAUGUUGUGUUGAUGUGUGAGAGCAGAUGGGUUCACACAUGAAGAAAGCAGCGUCUGAUGAACAAAUGGCAAAGGCAUUGAAGAAGUGGCACAAAAAUAUCAAAACGAAGAAAAGAAAAGCAAGGAAGCUCCCAAACAAGACACUUGGUGGUUUGGGGAGUUUCAGCAUCUUACCCUCUUCCUCUGGAAACACUUUACACCGUUCCAAUACCACUGGUCACACUUCUAACGCCAUAUACUACAAACAACAAGAAGAAGAAGACAAGGAGAUAUCUGAUCUUGAAGUUGGUGCAGAGGAUGCUACUGAAAGGUUUCAAGAACAGCAUAAGCCAUUCCACCACUCCUAG